AUUAGCGCGCUGACCAGAUUAGUCGCUACUAUGAAUGGCGGGGACAUGUGAUAUGAUACCAUUUUGGUAGAUGUAUUGGGUUGCAAAGUAGUGAAACCCACCUUAUGAUUAAACUUUUAAGUUUUGUUCUGUGGCUCUUACUGUCGUCCACAGAUCAAAUAUUUACAGAAUUAAUAGGUUAAUCUGUCAAACUAACAGAUAUAUCUGUUGAAAUAAUUUUGAUAGUAUACUAUCAAAAUUAUUUCAAGCUAAACAGAGCGUGCGGCUCUCGUAUUAGAUGUCUUCGAAGCUGGUACUUGGAGGGAACAAGUUCGGAUUGCAAGACUAUUUUAAUUUGCUAUUUUCAUUGAUUUAAAACUUUGGUUUGUUAAUGUUGACGAAUCGUCUGUGCUUCGCUGCUAUCGGAGUUAUUCCGUUAAUUUUAGUCACAUUUUUCCUUGUCUUCGAUGUGUGCGGUGAACACUGUCACAAUGACGUCUUUUUGCAGGCUAAACUUGGUAAACUCUCUUAUGCUAGAUGGGUGAAUACGUCAAUUACUUUAAUCUGCUCUGGAAAAGAAUUUACAAGCGUUAUGUGGUAUUCUGUGCGGAAGGUUUACAAAAUGGCUAUUGGAUGUCUUAAAAACGAACAUAGGCAGUUACAUUUAGAUUGGUUUCCUAAUGUUCCUGAAAUAAUUGCAACUUACGUAUCAUAUGAAAAACAAAUUCGUCAAGUGUGUAUAUUUUCGUUAUCAAACGGAAUUCUAACUUCCAGGGUUUUAGUAGAAGAACUCAAUGAUCAAUCAGUUGAUAUGGCGCUAACUACGACAGUAUAUUUUCUACCAAAUUCAAUAAUUACUAAUGUAUUUUUUAUCUGCAAACAGGGUGAAGUGCGAAACGGAACUUGUCAUAGUCGAUUGGGUAACGGCACAUUUUAUAAUGGUGAAAAAAACAUAUAUAAAAACAACGAAUUUUAUAAAAUAACCGAUAAAGUUGUUCCUACACAUAUGGGAAAACACGAAUGUUUCGCGAAAAUCAAUGGGACCUAUUACGUUGUAUCAGUUAUUUUCUCAAACAUAAGUAACUGGGUGUAUCCGGAUUCAGUCUCUUAUCGGUUCAUGGGUGAAAAAAUGUGUGGGUUAGAUAUGUGCAUUGAGGCUGCUAAUCAAGGCUACAUGCUGUGUGAUGCCGGGAUCCAUGAUUGCUACGUAGUGAAUAACUCUUAUCGGUGUAAGAAAGGAGUUCCACUAAUAGAUUCCUGUGAGUAUUUGGCUAAAGAUUUAAAUUGGUCUUGUCCACAUGUCUCCGGAAAUUCCCCUGAAAUAGCCGAUUACGGACGGACUCUGCAUAGUGUUUCCUACAACGCCAAAACUCUGUAUCGCAUAAAUCCAGAUUAUAUUUUGAAUUUCACUUCUAAAUUCACUGACGAUGAGAUCAGACAACAGCUUGCUCGCAACAGUGUUUCUGAACGUCGUUCAAUUGCCAGUCAGUUACUUGACAGCAUGAGGUUUGCAUUAGAUAUGUCUCCAACCAUUGUUGCAUCCGGUUAUAAUCGAUCUACAAACUCCACUGCGAAUUCAGAAUUUCUGUCGGCUUCAGCUUCCAAAAAACUGCAAACAGUCUCCGUAUUUCUCCAUUUAAUCGCGGAGAUCGCCCGCCAAACCCCCUCUGUUAUCGAUUUAUUAAGAUCCGGCAAAGAAACUGAAAAGAGUUUACGGUUUUGGCAUUUAUCUUCAGAUACAGGCAAUAUAACAAUGAAUAGUUCGCAAGGGAAGGUGAUCAAGUUUUCCAUUAAACCAAAGCAAUCAGAAAUGCAUGAUACAUUCAUCGCCGUAAUCCCAGCUGCCAACUUUCCAGGAGUUCUUCUGACACAGCUAGACAAUAUCAAAAAAGUGACAACACCUUCCUUAGACUCAGAUGUUGUAUUGGUCGACACCAACAACGGUCUAUCAUUCACUCUUUCUGUGGAUUUAUCUCAGAAACCGAAUAUCACUGUAUCAUGUGAACAACUAAAACAGAAUCCCGAGUUUAAACAACUGUGGAAUGAUGGAAAUUGCAAAACAAUUGUUGUCGGUUCUGAUUUUGAAUGCCAAUGUCUUCCAGCUCAGGGUGGAACAUUCGCGAUCGCUUUGGUUUACUGGUUAGGAUCGUCACAUAUUCCAUUGACACAUGUGUACUCCAUAAGUAUUGUUAAUUAUAUUUUUACUUUCGUAACUAUUGUCGCUUUAUUCCUGUUUUUAAUAUUCACCCGUUUCAUUGGAGUUUUUCGGUUGGAUCAAUUCAACAUAGCGUUUUGCCUAAUGGUUAGCGCAAUUGUCUCUUUGGCGAUUCCACAUACAACUGACAGACAACCAAUUUUGUGUACUAUCAUCGCUGUUGCUGUUUGCUAUUUUCCAUUGGCUGCUUUUUCAUGGAAAUUUAUAUUUGGGUUGAAUACAUUAAUUUUAAUCAUUGCACCACAUUCUCGAUACCAUGACCUUGUUUCUAAACCGAAAAAUUGUUUGCCAUUAGUUUGGAUAGGUUAUUUGAGUCCUGCAAUUAUUAUUGGUACAUGGUUUGGCUACACAGGAGAAGUUAGUAACAGUGGUCUCUGCAUUGGUCCCAAAACUCUCCGUUGGUCUUUUGUUGGUCCAAUAACAACAGUUGUUACUUUUAACUUCGUUAUUUUGUUUGUAGUUGGUCUCGUUCUUCUCAGAAAUUAUCUUGUUACUCGCAAAAGUAAACUAAAUAAAACAACACACUUUUUAGUGCUGACGCAGUUGAUGCUAACGUUAGGAAUUCCAUACAUUGCAAUUUACAUUCAGCUAUUGGACGCUUUCACUAUGCUAAUUGUUGUACCAGUUGCAAUGGCUCUAACAGCUGUACUUAUGUUUCUUCUAGUCGCCGUUUUUGAUGAGGUAACACCAUUUUCGUUAAUUUAAUUUUCACAGCAUAAACACACUCGAAUAUCUGAUUGAGGAAUUUAUUUAUUGCUAACUGUAACGUACUCUACAUGAAAUUCACUUACGUUUUAAGUUAUCAAAACUCGACAUCUGUAACGAUCGAAAUAGUUUUUACAUUUUUCACAGAUGGUUAAGUACAACUUAACUAACAUGUCUUUGUUCACAUACUCAAGUCGUAUUCUGAUAUCGAAAUGUUUUUUCAUAUAGAAGAUAGUUGUAUUUCACUGCUAUUUCUUUCAUUAUAAAGCUGUCUCCAAAAUGUUGCUAAUUAAAAGAUUAACAAGAUUUGUUAGGGUAGACUGACCUCCAAAAUAACUGCAAGUUUAGAUUGCAGAUGAAAAAAUGCUUCAUAGAUCAUUAGUUACUCGAAGUGUCAUUUAAGAUCUUUCCGAUUACCGAUAUGAAUCGUUUAGAUAAACGAAUUUGCUGUGAUUCCUAAACUUAUUAUUACCAUUAGUAAAUAGUAUAUCUGGAGAUGCUAGUCAUCAACAACACUUCUAUUGUUGAAAUCGACAUAUCGAAUGUCUUCACUUAUCACAUAUGAAGUGAUAUCUGACCCUCUUACAUUUAAAAGGAAUUAAAUCUCAUUAUUAGUGUUUGAAACAGUUGAAUGAACAUCAAUUUUUAUUCACAUUAUGAUAUGAAUUAAUUAUCAUGAUAAUUACUUUAUACACGUUCCUCGUUUCUCGAUAAUAAUGGGUUUCGCUGAUAAUCAUCCUUUUUUCUAAUAUUCAUUCACGUUUAACCAUCUGGACCAAAGAACUAUGUUUGUCAACAAGUUAUCACUUUUCAUCAACAUAGUUCGAUUCUUCAUCUUUAAGCGUUUUUAAUGUUGGAACCUUACACAUCCACUGUCGUUACUAUCAUCUCUAUGUUGCUCUAGAAAUAUUUUCCUAGACUAUAGGGUCCCUAUAAAAUAACAAAAGAACUCACUAGUUUUCUGGUUUUCACUGAAUAUCUGCCGUAUAUAAAUUCAUGAUGUAAACUACAAAGUGGAAAAUCUUCUCUUCGAGGGAAGAAAAGGUCGCAGCGUCCCAUCUAUAUUUUUAGUUUUGUUGAAGUCGGUCGAUUAAUAUUCAGAUAUUGAUCUUAUGAGCGUAAUGUUGUACAAUACAAAUGUCUUGAUCUGUGGUCUUAUCACUUUUGCGAAUACUCCUGAUAUGAAACCAACUGUAACAUACUGCAGUACUAUUAAUUCAAAUACAAAAUUACUAUGUAAUUUUAAUACUUGGCUUGUGGUUCUUUAUUGUUUCUGAAAUGUAACGUCGUUCUUAAUUACUUUCCUAAAUACAGUUUAUUAUUUAGUAUGGAUCCAUACUUUUAGGAAAAUCGUCAUUUACUACGAUCCUUUAUUUACAAACACAUCGCACGUUCAAGUGAGUACAGCUCUGGGACAAUGGCACUGAGAAAUCUAUGCAGGGGAGAAUUAGAGUCAAAGUUUAAAAAAUCUCCUCUCCAUCACAUGGAGCGGGAUCACUUUUCGUCAAAUUACUUAAGCACACACGCUUUACGCAACCCAGAUAACGGAAAAAGUGCCUAUCAACAUGAUAACACAAUUAGAAGGAAAACACAAGAAUAUAGUUCAAGUAUUGCCUCACCUGAAACUGGUAAUUCAGUUGUACUUUGCGAUUCGAGACAACUAAAUGGGGAGUUAUUUAAUGACAUUUCUUCCACUGAAGAAGAUCACACAGUCGAAAAUAUAAAGAAUGAAGGUGAUGUUAAUCUUGGUUUUCCAAAUAAUCGUUCACAUGUUUUACCUUCUUUCAACAGUCUAGUCACUCGGAUGUAAGUAUUCACAAUAUGUACGUGAAAACAAAUCGGUUGUCCAUUUUAACAACCAUCAAAUUGUUUCUAUUCAAAACAGAUUUAUUCGUGAAAGCGAAGAACACCGGUUUCUAUUAGUUCAUAUCUUACUUUUAACCAAUAACGAAACCUACACUUGUACGUCAUAAUUUUUUAAUGUUUUCUUUCUAAAACCUCAGCAUUUUAAGUGGGUAUAUUUCAUUUGUUUCCUAUUUCCGUGUUUAUGCGCACAGGAUGAAGUUCAAUUUUUAAAGCACUAGAAAUUGAUUUUAUAGAUUUUUCCACUCACUGUUGUAUUGUUUGUAUAUAUUAUUUCUCAAUGUAUUGAGCUAAUCUGCGUAAUCUUUACUUCACAUCAAACUGAAUUUUCGAAAUUAUUAAUUUGCCACAUAAUGCAUGCACAAAUAGGUUAAUUUUGAUUUCUUAAAACAUUUAUCGUUUGCAUAAUUUAUUAUGAUUAGCAAUUACAUAUACCUUCUUUGCCACACUAUCGUUACUGUAUUCCUAUAAAAUUUCUUAGGUACUCGGUAUAUCAAUAAACACACAAACCGAAAUUUCCCAAGGCUUGACUGGAUUUACAACUGUUUCUAGUAACUGUGACACUAACUUAUACGAGUAGGAAACAUUGAAAUAACAUCUCAAGGUUUAUUCGGAUCAAUAGAAAAUAGAUAUUUCAGAUUCUUUUCCCUCUGGAAACCCAAUGCACUUUCUCUUUAGUUCAAACAGAGGCUCAUUUCCUGAAAGUGAGGCUAAGUACCAUGUAGUAUUUUGUAAAUGCAAAGCGUGAGGAAAACAAAAUAAAUCAGUGUCUUUCUAAAUAAAUAUUCAAACUUAAGUUUGUUCACAUUCAUAAAUCAAAAUUAACAGUCCAAAAUAUAAACGGUUUGUUUGUAAAUCCCACGAAUCAAAUAAGCGGUGGAACGUCUGAACAGUCUUCAAUAUAUUCGUUGUACAUUCUUGGGGUCGUCGAUUGUUUUUUGAUGUGAAGAAGCGAUUUCUUAUAUUUUGAUGAAUUGUUUCCAGAGAGUUCACUAAAAGUAGCGUUUGGCUUAUUAAAAUCCUGAACAAAAAUAUGAUUUCUGAAAGUUCAACAAGGCAAAAAUAGUGACAAAUUUUUAGACGGAGAAGCGAUUGCAACAAUAAUAGAAAUACUACAACAAAAACAAUCCUUGUAUUCAAUUAUUUCUAGAUUUAAAAGGAUUCAGGUUUGAAAAUACAUUAUCUAAAUUUAUCACCUAUGCAAAUGAAUAUAAAGCGAAUGAAAGCCAAACGCAACAAUCGAGAUUACGCAAAUUUAUCAAAAACGUUGUGGGAUAAUUAUAAAAACAUUUUACGUAUACAACCUACGUUUUGUUGGUUUUUUCGUGAGAACUUUUAUGUUCAUUAUUUGCCGAUAUUCUGAUUUCCUGAGAUGCCUGUGUAUAAAUUUAGCGAAAAUAUUAUUAACAUACCUUACUGUUGAUAAUUUACAGCUAUUGGUUAAAAAUAAAUAAACAGCCUUCAUUCUGUGUUAAAA